AUGCCUACCCUUAGUGCACCAUGUGAUAUCACCGUGGUCGACUUCUCACACGAUCGCCUUGCCACACAUAGGCGUAACAACGAAACGCUCGCUACAUUCAUGAACCUGCCCCAGCCGGAAUGGGUCAAAUGCCGCUGGAUCAACGUCAAUGGUCUAAGCUGGGAUGUCAUCCAGUUACUGGGUCGGCACAAGAACCUGCAUCGCCUUGCUAUCGAAGAUCUCAUGAACACGCGAAACAGGAUCAAAGCUGAAUGGUUCCCAACUCAUGUCUUCAUCGUCUUGACGCUCCAGAAACUUGUCCACAUACAGGACUCAGAUGCCGAAGACAGCGAUUCAGAAUACGUUGAUAGCGAUAAAGCGAAAGGCAGCGGGAGAAAUGGUGAGUGGGGUGGCAAUGGCGGUCCAAACCUCUAUAGCCGCUUGAAAGAAUAUUUCACCCGUACAAGACAUGAUUCCCCAGACCGAAAGCUCGAGAGAGGAAGUCCUAAUCUACCAGGUAGUCUUUGUGGUCAGACCGACUCCUCACCAAGCUCCUUCCGCAAUCCAAAUCUUCGCGGGCUUCGGACACUACAGACGUACCACUCAAGAUUGGAUGAGCCACGCACACAUUACAUGAAACAACACUCAGCCUUAGUGUCUAGGCAUCUAGCCGUUGCCUGCGAACAGGUAGCCAUGUUCGUCACUCAAGAUAACACUAUCAUCAGUUUCUUCGAGUGUUCGGCUCAAGAUGUCGAGGCUCCCAUUAUACGCCGCCUCCAGACCAAGGACACCAUCAUUCGGCAGUCUUGCGACGCUUCCAUGGUCGGUCAGGCUAUCAUUGAUGCCAUCAUUGACCUAGCCAUGCCGGUGACUACGUGCUAUACCGAAGUCAUUGGCGAUCUCGAGCUUGACGUGCUGACCAAGCCCAAUAUCAAGCACACCAAGAGCCUUUACAUUCUCGUCACCGAGAUGAACAAGAUGCUGGGCUUCAUAAACCCAGUAAUCACUCUCAUAAACGCUCUCCGCGACCACAAAACAAACAUGUCGCAAGACGUAGCAACCAGGAAUCUCCAAGACCCGAGUCAUGGCGUCAUCAUCACACCGACAACCUAUAUCUACCUUGGAGAUGUUCUUGAUCACUGCCUCUUGAUCACUGAAUCAUUGACCCAGCUGAAAGGCUCGGCCGAGGGCAUGAUUGACCUCCUCUUCAACACGAUAUCGGCGAAUCAGAAUGAGUCCAUGAAGCAACUUACGAUAGUCACCAUCAUCUUUCUUCCCCUGACGUUUAUCACCGGCUACUUUGGUCAAAACUUUGAACACUUUCCCGGGCCAAAUUACUCGAUUAACUACUUUUGGAAAAUUGCGGUUCCUGUGGUGUUGGCCACGGGGCUCCUACUACUGGCACAAGCCAUCUACGAUUAUUGCAAAUCGUGGGUGCAACAGCUCCGUAUCGGGCAAUUGAAAAGAGCGCGGAAGAGGCGUCGAGAAAAAAAACGAGUAUAG